CAGACAGAUUUUGUACGAAAUUGCAUUAUUUGCAACACUCAUCCACACAGAAAAGAGCUUCACUGAAAGGAGUAAAAACUACAACAAUAUUAUGACAUUGGAAUGUCAAUUUCAAGAAUACAUCAGGUUAUAUCUGGAUAUACAGGUUAGAUCAGCAUUUGACAUGUGGUUUAACAGCUCAUAUUUCCCCUGCCAUGUGUUGGUGCAGAUAUCUAUGAAUUAUAAAUGUCCCACUACAAUUUUUGUAAAAAAAAAUACAAAAAAAAAAAUACCAGGCAUUGAAAACUAUGAACAAAUAAAAUAUUAGCGGAUUUAUCUGGUACAACAGAGGCUAUACAGGUUUAUGGUAUUCAUAUCUGAUAUCAAAUGAGUUGCAGUGCAGUGUCUGGUCUAAUGGGAACAGACACACCCUUGUGGGAAGAUGAGCACACGUUACAAGUUUUGGUUACCUGCUGUUUACAGCAGCACAUUUCCAGUUUGUGACGCUCUUCAAAAUGACCACAGUAAUCAGGGUUCAAGACCGGGAGACGGACAGCCGGCAUAUAAUACAAGAUGAUAAAUCUCCCUCACUUGGAUGCAUUGGCUGGUUCAUUGUCUUUAUCGCAAUCAUUAUCACUAUAGGAUUGCUUCCUGUUACCGUAUUUAUGUGCAUCAAGAUUGUAAAGGAGUAUGAAAGGGCUGUGAUCUUUCGAUUAGGUCGUAUUGUUGACAAGAAACCAAAAGGACCUGGAAUUUUCUUUGUGCUGCCAUGUACUGACACAUUCAGGAAGGUGGACUUAAGAACUGUGACAUUUGAUAUUCCUGCUCAAGAGUUCCUUACGAAGGACUCUGUGACUGUGAGUGUGGAUGGAGUGGUAUACUUUCGUGUCUUUGACCCGAUCUGCUCUGUGGCCAACGUGUCGAGUGCAGACCAUGCAACACGUCUGUUAGCACAGACCACCCUGCGAAAUGUCCUGGGCACAAAGAGCCUGUCAGAGCUGCUUUCUGACAGAGAGGGCAUCUCAUACAACAUGCAGAUUGCCUUGGAUGAGGCCACAAGCGUGUGGGGCAUUAAAGUAGAGCGAGUGGAGAUAAAGGAUGUUAAACUGCCCCUCCAGCUCCAGAGGGCCAUGGCUGCAGAAGCUGAAGCAGCCCGAGAAGCCCGUGCAAAGGUGAUUGCAGCUGAGGGUGAGAUGAAUGCCUCACGGGCACUGAAGGAAGCAUCUCUGGUGAUCGCUGAGUCACCAUCAGCUCUGCAGCUGCGAUAUCUCCAGACUCUAAACACCAUUGCAGCAGAAAGAAACUCCACCAUUAUCUUUCCCUUGCCUAUCGAUUUAAUUCAGCAUUUCACAUCCAAAAAAGAUUGAAUGAUUUACAGACUUCCAAUAGAUUUCCAAUAUUCUAGUCAGCUAUUUCUAUAAAAAAAACUGAUGAAACGGUUUCUGAUGUAUUAAUAUAGUAUAAUAUAUAUACAUAUAUAUGUGCAACAAUACUAUGAUUUAUUUUGUCAGUCUCUUGUUAAUUAAAAAUAAAAUAAUAAAAUAAAUAUCUUCUCUCA